AUGUCUGCGGACGGUUUCUGGUCCGGGUCGAUCUUGGCCUUUUUGUGCUCCUCUGUGUGUUUGACACUUGGUGCAGGGUCCACAGCCUUAAAGUUGACCGCACUGGUGUGGCUGGUGUUUCCGUUCAGCUGGUUAUUAAGCGAGUUCACGAGCGAGCUGACGAUCGACGGCACCAGGUUCUCGCUGAGCGACUUGUUGUACACCACGUAUGCGGCGGCCAUCGACGUGGCAAACAUCGCAACCGUCGACACGUUCUCGUCGCGUGCCGGCCCGUUCAACGCCUCGUACAGUGCCCGGAUAUUUGCAGAUACCUGCCGGGCUCUGCGUCGUUCAUCGACGAAAUCAGGUGCUCUGGAUCCUCCAUGGCCAUCUCCAUGGCCUUCUCCAUCAUCUUGGUCCACUGGAACUGCUCCAUGUCCUGGUCCGCCUGCUUGGCGGAGUUCUUGUCCGGAAACAGGUUCUCGUCCACCACGCUUUGGACCAUCUCGGCCAGCGCAGACUCCAGCUCGUUCUCGUUCUCACCCGAGUCCAGCGACCCGAGCGACUCCAGGUGCUCCAUCUGGUCCAUCUGGUCCAUCUGAUCAAUCUGCUCCAAAUGCUCCAUCUGCUCAAUCUGCUCCAUCUCAUCCAUCGCUCGCUCAUCACGAACACCCUCCGGCUCCUUCACACGGUCAAUUGCCUCGGCAAUCGCCUGUGUCAGCUCGUCCGGCGGCUUGUGGUCGCCCUGAGACUCGUCCAGAGCUCCUAUAG